GUCACUCUAUGUCAAUUUGCGUCGGUGGCUGAAAAUCGGAUAGGUUGCCGGCGAUUAAUUCGUUUAUUUUCACAUUGUUUAUUAUUUUUAUUUAUGUAAGACUUUAGAAAAUAACACUUUUUGAAAUAAAUCAACAUGACUGUCGAAGUGCAGAGUAAAAUGAAGCUGCCACAGCUUACGUCCGAUAAACAGCUAACGUUCAUAAAAUUGUCUGUUUUAUCGAUGGCAGCAAUUUUAUCAUUCGCCACACGCCUAUUCUCUGUACUCCGCUUUGAAAGCGUGAUCCACGAGUUCGAUCCGUACUUCAACUAUCGUACGACAAGAUACCUGACAGAAGAAGGUUUCUAUAAAUUCCAUAAUUGGUUUGACGAUCGAGCAUGGUAUCCCUUGGGACGUAUUAUAGGAGGCACAAUAUAUCCUGGUCUGAUGGUGACCUCUGCAACACUAUACAAUAUCAUGCAGUUUCUCAACAUUACUAUAGACAUCAGGAAUGUUUGCGUGUUCCUUGCACCAUUCUUCUCUUCCUUGACCACUAUAGUAACUUACCUGCUGACUAAAGAGCUCAAGGAUGAAGGUGCCGGUCUUGUAGCAGCUGCAAUGAUAGCUAUAGUACCCGGAUACAUUAGUCGAUCAGUUGCUGGCAGCUAUGACAAUGAAGGCAUAGCAAUCUUCUGUAUGCUGCUCACAUACUAUUUCUGGAUCAAGGCAGUAAACACUGGUACCAUACUCUGGGCCACAAUGACUGCUUUAGCUUACUUUUAUAUGGUUUCCUCAUGGGGUGGCUAUGUGUUCCUCAUUAACCUUAUUCCGCUGCACGUACUGGCUCUGAUGUUAUUGGGCAGGUUUUCCGCUCGUGUAUAUGUAGCUUACAGCACUCUGUACUGUGUGGGCACUAUAUUGUCAAUGCAGAUCUCUUUUGUUGGGUUCCAACCCGUACAGAGCUCUGAGCAUAUGCUGGCGUUGGGAACGUUUGGCUUGUGCCAGUUGUACGCAUUCACUCAGUACUUGCGUGCUCACCUCUCGCCCGCUAACUUCGAGUUAAUGUUUAAAGCGCUAGUGUCUACACUACUCGCUACUCUCGGCACUGCCGCUGUAGUACUCACACUCACCGGUAAAAUCUCACCUUGGACUGGCAGAUUCUAUUCGCUGCUCGAUCCGUCUUACGCCAAGAACCACAUACCUAUUAUUGCGUCCGUGUCCGAACAUCAGCCGACGUCGUGGUCUUCGUUCUACUUUGACCUGCAAGUGCUGGUGUUCCUGUUCCCCGCCGGCCUGUACUUCUGCUUCAGUAAACUCACCGAUGCCAACAUAUUCAUCAUUCUGUAUGGUGUACUCAGCAUAUACUUUGCCGGUGUCAUGGUGCGACUUAUGCUGGUCCUAGCACCGGUUAUGUGUAUAGUGUCUGGAGUGGCGGCCUCCAGUCUGCUCAGUCUUCACGUGAAAGAUAUAGAACCGAAGGUAGAAAAACACGAGAAGAAGAAGAAACAUGAGAACAACCUGGUUUUCAGGUCUGAGGUGGGCGCCGUAUUCGUGUGCGUGCUGGGCUGCCUGCUGAUGUCGUACGUGUUCCACUGCACGUGGGUCACGUCCGAGGCGUACUCGUCGCCCUCCAUCGUGCUGUCGGCGCGCGCGCACGACGGCGCCAGGAUUAUAUUCGACGACUUCCGUGAGGCGUACACGUGGCUCAAGAUGAACACGCCAGAGAACGCUAAAGUGAUGUCCUGGUGGGACUACGGGUACCAAAUAACCGCUAUGGCGAAUCGCACGGUGAUAGUGGACAAUAACACGUGGAACAACACUCACAUAUCGCGCGUGGGACAAGCGAUGGCCUCCACCGAGGAGAAGGCGUACGAGAUCAUGCAAGAGUUGGACGUGGAUUACGUGCUCGUCAUAUUCGGCGGACUCGUCGGGUACUCGUCUGACGACAUCAACAAGUUCCUAUGGAUGGUCCGCAUCGGCGGCAGUACAGAGCGCGGCGCUCACAUACGCGAGGCGGACUACUACACCGGCGCGGGCGAGUUUAGGGUGGACGCGGCCGGCUCGCAGACUCUACUCAACUGUCUCAUGUACAAGAUGAGCUACUACAAGUUCGGCCUGGUCUACACGGAGGGAGGUCGCCCGCCCGGUUUCGACCGCGUGCGGGGCGCGGAGAUCGGCAACAAGGACUUCAACCUGGACGUGCUGGAGGAAGCUUACACCACGGAGCACUGGCUCGUGCGCAUAUACAAGGUCAAGCCGCUGCCCAACCGCGGCGUCUGAACCGCCAACCAACCGCUCCCCCCCACACCCUUCACACAACACUACACCGGAAACAAUCUCAAUACUCUUUCGCGUACAUCACUCACCGAUGAAAACACUUUUUAUUCUAUUGAAAAUACUUUUUAUUUUAUUGAAAAUAAGCUUCAUGUUUUUAUUCCGUGUAUUAUUUCAAUACAAAAUUUCAGUGGAAACUAAAAUGUGGAAUUAGGAAAACUUGUUAAAAAAAAAGAAAACUGCUGUUGAAACUUGAAUUGAAUG